AUGAGCUUCUUCAGAGCAGUAGCUCGCCUGGCCCGCGUGGCCGUGCCUAGAAACAGGCUUCUGCAUAUACCCGUCAACCAGCUUCGAUUCAACUCUUCCAUACAACAAAACGCAUCUCCAGCGAGCUUGACUACCCAGAUCCUUGGACACGAAAAAGACAAGAUCACCGAGGAGGACUUGGACGAGUGGUUGAGUGCCAUCAGAACCUUGAAGCAAGGUGAUAAGAAACCCGAGACGGAAACUGAGAUUUACCUCGAUGAGUUCUUGAAGCCAGAGCAGUUCUUGAACGAGAAGUUUGAACCCACAGUGGCUCAGCUAGCUGAGGUCGAAAGAUUCAAGGCAGCACCUGUGCCUCUCAAGGAAGAUCCCACAGUGGAGCAUUUUGUUAACGUGAUCAUGAGGCACGGUAAGAAGACUAGAGCUCGUACGAUCGUGUCUAGGGCAUUCUAUCUUGUCUCUUUGAGAACCGGUCAGGACCCAGUGAGAGUGUUUUACGAGGCUUUGGAGAGACUCGGGCCUUUGUUUGACACUCGUACAGAGAAGACUGGUUUUGCCAAAAACAGAAUCGUGCCUAUUGCGUUGGACAAGCGCCAAAGAAACAGAUACGCCAUGAACUGGAUCUUGGAAGGCUCGAACAACAAAAAGUCACCUGCAUUGUCCGUGCGUUUGGCCGAAGAAAUAAUCAAUGCUUUUGAGGGUCGCUCCUCAGGUUACGACAAGAAGGCCAGGAUGCACAAAGAGGCCAUCACACAGAGAUCAUACCUCAGAACAUAG